AUGUCCGAAGUUGAAGAAUACGUUGUUCUAUGCGUAGUUUGUCUUCAGAAAAAUAAGAUCGCUAACAGCAGAGUAAGUUCAAUGAAUAUUUCAUUUUGCAAUCAUCAUUUUUCAGGGAAUCUGUGUUGCUUGUAACACAUUUUUCAGACGAGCUGUCAUUGGCAGAAAAAUAUUUGAUUCUUGUUCGAAUAUGAACAAAUGUUAUACAUUCAACCCUUUGAGAUUGAACUGUAAAAGGUGUAGAUAUCAAAAAUGCUAUGAUUGUGAAAUACCAGUCAAUUUUGCAUAUUCUGCAGAUGAACGAAAUGCUGGACCAACUUCAAACAAACUUUUGAAACCGGUGAGAAAAAAUAAUUAAAACGAUUAAUUGUGUUUUACAGCUUCGUGAUAUGUUAUCUUCGAUUGAAGAUGUGAUACACGAAAUGAAAAAUGUCGAAAUAGCGGUUGUCAAAUCUCGAUCGUCAACUUAUAAUCCUUUGAUUUUCCCCAGUUUGGAUGAUAUAGUUCAAGAACCGAGUAAAUUGUAUCAAGCAUCACAGUGUCCAGUUCGUUUAUUCAAAAAUUUCAUUCAUUUUUUAAUUAUUCUGAUUAUGGAUUUUCGAAUCUUCUAGAAAAAAAGUAUAUGAGUACAACCCAUAAUUUUGUAUCUUUUAGAUUUUUUGAAAUCAGAAAUCAGUUUGAUUUAUGUUCAUAAAUUUGUGGCAUAUCAUUUUGAAUUUUCUAAUUUUCAGCCAAUGCCUGGAUGGCCAUUAACUCAUCCUGAAUUUAUGAUAAAACAAAAACAACUAACUGAACUAAAAGUGCGAGUCGAUGAAGGAAUGUCUUUUCUGCAAAACCAAUUAUGCUUCAUUAACACGUAAGUUUUUUUUCAUUUAAGAUUAGAAAAAUUCCGAAUUUUCAGAAAAGAAUGGCUACCAUUUGAUCUGAUGAUGGCUAUGGAAAAUGUGAAAGCUCAGAAGUUCUACAAAUUUCUGACAAAACGGGAAGAUCGCAGAAUACUUCUCCAUGGAACUUGUAUUGUUGUGGCAACACUGACUUCAGCAUAUAAUUCAUACUUGAGCAAAAAAGAAGUGAUACACACACCUGAUGGAAUUGGUAUUGGACAAGAAAAAAGGACUGCAAUUCUGGAGAGUAUUCUAGGAAUUGAAGAGUGAGUUAUGCAUUCAUUUGGAUAUAUCAUUUCACAAUCAAAUUUUGCAGGAAAAAAAUUCAAAAUUUGAAAGAUUCAAGUAAUGUCAUGGUGCCACUUAUAAAAGAUCAAAUUAAACUAGAAGAAUACAUGUUUUUGAAAAUGAUUGCAAUUUGUGAUCCAGGUUUAAUUGGACUAUCAGAUUAUGCAUCGUAUCUUCUAACCCAACAACGUAAUGAAUACGGUAGAUCACUUCUAAACUAUUGCCUAUUUCAUCACGGAAGUAACUAUGGACCAUCCAGAUAUUUGAAACUUCUCGAUUAUCUUGGAGUUAUGGAAAGACAUCGUAUAAAAUUACAAAACUUUAUGACAGUUGGAAAUGUUUUGCAACCAUCAAUUUCAAUGUCAGAUUCAAGGAAAAAACUUCAAGAAGAAAUUCUGAUUAGUAAGGUAGAUGAAGAUGAAUGGCUCAGAAAUCAUUGA